AUGGCUGGCGGAAAGAAAAAAGGCGGAAAGGGCGCGAAAGCCGCGGCGCUGGCGGAAGAGAAGAAGCAGCAAGAGGAGCAGCAGAAGCAGCAGCAGCAACAGCAGGAGGAGGAGGAGGAGAAGGAGAAAGAGGACGUCGCGUGCGCUCUAGACCCGGAUGUGGCGGCGGCGCUUGCGGCGCUCAUGGUCCCUAUCGACUCGCCGCUAGCGCGCUGCGUCGUCCGCGACGACCGCCGCGAAUUGCGGCGUGUAAUCCGGCAGGCGCUAGAAGCGCUCGGGCUAGCGGAGAUUCUAGUGGUGGAGGCUGGGGAGGACGAAGAGGAGGAGGAGGGGGAGCGGGAGGAGGAGGAGGAGGGGGCGAAGGAAUGGAAAGAGCAGCCAUGUUGGGCGGUGAGGGUGGACGAGAUUACCGCGCGAGCACAGCACGGGAGGCACCACGUGGGUGCGCUCACAGCCCUGCACAUGGCCGCGCGCUUCCACAGGUGUGUGUGUGUGCACUCGUGCUGCUGGGCCGGGCCGUGGUGGGGCAUGGUGGGGUGGGGAGUGGAGGGGAAUGGUGGGGAAUGUGCGCGGUGCAUAGCAGCCCUGCUGGCAGCAGGGGCAGACGCGAGCCUGGCAGCGGGGCCGCUGGGGCUCACCGCACUCGAGGAAGCUCUGCUCUCCAAGCGACUGCACUUUGACUGGGGGGCGCAGACAGCACCGCUGCGAGUGGUGAACACGCUGAGGCACGAGCGCAACCUCGACUCCAUCCGCCUGCUGCACCAGCACGCCUCUGACGCUCUCCGUGUGGCAUUCACGCUAGCCGGCUGCUUCCGCCUGGUGCCACUCGUCGCGCUGCUCCUCUCGGGGGGCUCGCCCCUCAUGAACGCAGCGGUGCCCCCCUCGCAGCACCCCUGGUUCGCCGCCGUCUCUCUCGGCGCGUGCCAGUGGAUGCACGGCCACCCCUCUCUCACCCUCCUGGAUGUUAUCCUCUCCAAUCUCCUCGACCUCUCCCGCGUGCCGUUGGCGAGGGCCCGCGGGGGUCGUGGGAGCGAGCGAGAGGAAGAGGACGAGGAGGAGGAUGAGAUGUACCUUGAUGCUUGCGAGGAUGGGGAUGGGGUUUCGUCGCCUAGAUCCUGUGACCGGCGUGUGAGGAGCGAGAGGAGUGAGAGGAGUGAGCGGAGUGAGCGGAGCAGGAGGGUGCAUCAUUCGAAGCGUGCGGCGUGGCUGGGCGCAAUGGGGGUAAUGCUGCUGGAGCCGUGGCAGGAGGUGCUGGUGGGCGAGCAGGAGAAGGAGCAGCAGGAGCGCGAGCAGCAGCAGGUGCUGCGACUGCUGCACGCAGAGCGAGAGAAGCGCGAAACUGAGCACGGCAACGGCAACGGGGUGUCGGAGAGCAAGCAGGGGAAGAAGAAGAAGGCAGCAAAGGAAAAGCGAGCGGCAGAGGCAGCGGGAGGAGCAGCAGGAGGAGCAGCAGGAGCAGCGGAGGCACGGUGUCAGGAGCUGCGGAUGCGAGGCCUGAAGGUGCUGGAGGCGUUUCUGCUGUUCAACCCGCCGUUGUCAGGGCACGGGCCGAGCGUGCACCAGGUGCCGGUGGUGCGAGCAGCAGCAGGCAAUGACGGCAUGGUGGUGGGACUGCUGCUGGAUGCUGGCGCUGCUGUCAAUGACAGCGAUGGGGAUGGCAACACUGCGCUCCACUGGGUGCUCCGACAGGCGACCCCAUGGAACGGGCGGCCAGUGGACACGGCCAUUCUCUCGCAGCUCAUAUCAGCGGGGGCGAGUGUGCUGGCGGGGAACCACGUGGGGGCGACGGCGGUGCACACGGCAGCGGGGCACGGGCACAGUGAGGCGCUGGAUGUGCUGCUGGGCCGCGAGGCCGCUGCUGCCAACGCCGUCACUGCUGCCCGCGAGACUCCCCUGCACUACGCCGCUCGGCAGAAAUACGCCGUCACUGCUGCCCGGGAGACUCCCCUGCACUACGCCGCUCAGCAUGACCACGUGGCAUGUGCGGCGGUGCUGCUAUCCUUUGGUGCAUCCAACAGCAUAGAAAACGCAGGGGGCUGGAGGCCCGGCCAGCUCGCCACGUCCGCAGAGCUCCGCCAGAUGCUGGGCGAGACUGGGCCCCCCAUGCCCCGGGGCGAGGGGCGCGGGGGAGGCGGUGAGUGGGGCGCGUGGGGCGGAGGCGACUCUGCUGCUUCUGAUGCGGAUGGGGAUCGGCCUUGGGAUGCCUCUGUUUCUUCCGGUGGUGGUGGUGGUGGGGGGUCGGGUGCUCCCCCGUGGGCUGAUUCGUUGCAUCAGCUGCGGCUGGGGUGGAAGGAGACGCAGCAGCAGCAGCAGAAGCAGAGGCAGAAGGAGCAGAAGAAGCAGCAGAAGGAGCAGCAGCAACAGCAGGAGCAGGAGCAGCAGCAGCAGCAGCAGAAGGAGCAGAAGCCAGGAUACAAUCCAAACUACAAGUACAAGACGUUGCUGUGUCGGCGGUGGUCUAGCACAGGCUCUUGCAGUCUGGGCUCGCAGUGCACGUUUGCACACGGGCAGAAGGAGCUACAACAGGUGCCCAAACCACCCCCCCGCGGCCCACCACCAGCCUGGAAGAACGCGGCUGCUCCCAGUGCUGCUGCUGUUGCUGUUGCCGCAGGUUGGGAUACUGUGGCUGCUCCUGGCGGUGGUGGCGGUGGCAGUGGCAGUGGUGAGAGCAAGGGCGGCAACAAUCUUGUUCCAUGGGAGAGCAGCUCAAAUGCCUGGGGCAGUGCAAGCGGAGGAGCAGGAGGCAGGGAGGCAGGGUCAUGGGAGUGGGGUGACCAAUCAGAGGAGUCCAGGAGCACAGGCGCUGACAGCUGGGGGGGUGGCAGCACCAGCAGUGGCAGCGCCAGUGCUGCUGCUGGUGGUGGUGGUUUCCUUGGUGGCUUUCUAGCAGGGCGAGGCAACAAGUCUAUUGCUCUCUCAAACGACCUCGCUCUGCAGCCCUACAAGAUAUUCGUGGGCGGGUUACCGUACGACGUGGCAUCGGACGACCUGGCAUCGCACUUCGAGGAGCACUACGGGGGAGUGGUGGACGCCGUGGUGAUGUAUGAGCCCGACCGCGCAGCCAGUGAGCCGGGGGCCAUGCGCUCGCGAGGGUUUGGCUUUGUGGUGCUGGACUCAAGGGAGACAGUGGCACGGUUGCUUGAGAAGCACUUCGUGCCGCUGGGCGGCCGCAUGGUGGAGAUCCGAAAUGCUUCCAGGCGAGGAGGGUUCUCUCCUGCUACUGCUGUUGCUGCUGCCACCACUGCCCCCACCGCUGCCACCACUGCCGCUGCUUCUCGUCCCGCUGCUAAAUCUUCAGCUGCCAACCACACCAGCAGCACUACCACCAAAGCCACUGUCAAAGCACCACAGCCCCACAAGGCUCACCCCUCCCCCCAUCCCUCCCCCCAUCCCUCCGCACACCCCUCCCCUCAUCUCUCGGCCCAUCCCUCCCCCCAUCCCUCCGCUCACCCUUCCCCUCACCUGUCGCCCCAUCCCUCCCCCCAUCCUUCCACAAACGCGUCCCCUCUCCCCUCGCCCCAUCCCUCCCCCAGUCACAAACAGAAACGCCCACCCCCACAGCCGUCACAUGAUGUGCCUCCCAAUCCCCCACACACCACCAACCCAUCUGCACCGCUCUAUCCUGACCAACCGCACCACCUGGAUCAUCCAACCGAGCAGCAGCAGCAGCAGCAGCAGCAACAGCAGCAGCAGCAGCAGCAGCAGCAGCCCGCCAAUCCUAUUUCCCAGGUCCGUCCCCCUCCUGGGUUCCCUUCUACUGCUCAGGACCCACAUCAAGCCUCCAUGGGGCCUCAGCCAGACUCUUGGGGCGGCACCGCUGCUGCUCCUCCCAGUGCUGCUGCUGCGCCUGUUCCCGCACCACAUGGAAGGGCAGCGAGUGCAAGGAAGGUGCUGUCGCUGGGUGAGGUGGAGGCAGAGCUGCAUCAGCCCGUGCAGCAGCCGGUGCAGCCGCCAGUGCAGCAGGAGCAGGCGAGGGGUGGCGUGGAGGCGUGGGGAGGCCAGCAGGUGCAGGCACAGCAAUCAAUCCAGAACCAGCUGCUCUUGCAGCAGCAGCAGCAGCAGCAGCAGCAGCAGCAGCAGCAGCAGCAGAAAGAGGAAGAGCAGCGGCUGCAGCAGUGGCAGCAGCAGCAACAGGAGCAGCGGGAGCAGGAGCAUCAGCAGCAGCAACAAAAACAGCAGCAUAACAAGCAGCAGGCGUAUCAACAGCAGCAGCAGAGCCAGCCUUCAGACUCCCACCUGGUGGAGCAGCAGCGGCAGUUGUUGCAACAGCAGCAUGACCUGCAGCAGCAGCUGCUAGCACUCCAGCAGCAGAUCCUCUUAAGCCAACACCACCUGGCCACCCCGCCUACUGCCCUCACCUCCUCCUCCUUCCCCACUCCCUCUCCCAACACCACUCUCUUGCCCCCCACGCUACUGUCAGCAUCCACACCUACAGACCUGUCCGGAUCUGCUUCGUUCUACCCAGGAGCAGCAGCAGCAGCACACAUGCCCAUGUCACAUAAGCCGUUUGCCACGCAGCACGCAGCAGUGGGUUCGGGAAGGGCAGAAACAGCGGGAGAGGGGGGUGUGGCGGAGGGGGGAGAGGAGGAUGAGCUGGCGAGCCUGCUGUCCAUGCUGAAUGCAACUGGGUGA